GCAGCUGUAGCCACCUCUCACUCUCACACCACGCUCCCAGGUGGGGAGCGGCUGAUGUAGUCCCAGCUGGAGAUUGCACCCCGGGCUGCCUCUUUUGCUCUCCCACUUUGCCUUUGUUUCGGUGCCUCCCCUGGACGCAGCAGCUUCUCUCUCCUCGGACCUCGGAUCCUGCUUCCAAUGGCCACAGUCUGGCCAGGACGCUCCCGGGCUGUAGCCGGCUGCCUGAAAUUCCUGCUGACCCUCUUGAUCCUGAAUUUUCCUUGUGAAGCCUGCAACAAUGUGACUUUCUAUGUACCUACUAAACUAGAAACUAAUGAAAUUAUUGGCAGAGUUAAUCUGGAAGAAUGCUUGAAGUCUGCAAACCUUAUUCAUUCAAGUGAUACUGACUUUGGAAUUUUAGAAGAUGGUUCAGUAUAUUCCACAAAUACAAUUUUAUUGUCUCCGGGGAAGAGAACUUUUAUCAUAUCCCUUGUGAAUACUCAGGAAGAGAAACAGAAGGAUAUAAAUGUUGCAUUGGAAUAUCAAAUGAAGACAUUGAACAAAGGAGACCUUAAAGAAACAAUUCUCAGGCGGGCCAAGAGAAGAUGGGCUCCUAUUCCAUGUUCGAUGCAAGAGAACUCCCUAGGCCCUUUCCCCUUGUUUCUUCAACAGGUUCAAUCUGAUUCAGCCCAGAAAUACACUGUUUACUACUCCAUCAGCGGGCCUGGAGUUGACCAAAAACCUCUCAAUUUAUUUUACAUAGAGAAAGAUACUGGAAAUUUAUUUUGUAAUGGUCCUGUAGAUCGUGAGACAUAUGAGUCUUUUGAGUUAGUAGCCUAUGCAUCUACUCCAGAUGGAUACUAUUCAGACUCUCCUUUACCACUUACUAUCAAAGUUGAAGAUGAAAAUGACAACUACCCAAUGUUCACAGAGACAGUUUAUAAUUUUGAGGUUCUUGAAGGCAGUAGAGUUGGCACCAUAGUGGGAAAGGUAUCUGCCACAGAUAGAGAUGAACCUGAUACAAUGCAUACUCGUCUGAAGUACUCCAUUACGGAACAACAGCCACCAUCUCCUAAAUUAUUUUCAGUGCAUCCUGUUUCAGGUGUGAUCACCAUGAUAUCACCUCAGUUGGACAGAGAGGUAGUAGACAAAUACAAGUUGGUAAUGAAAGUACAAGAUAUGGAUGGUCAAUUUUUUGGUUUGAUGAAUUCAUCAACUUGUAUCAUUACAGUAAAAGAUGCAAAUGACCAUGCGCCCACUUUCACAAAGUCUAAGUAUGAAACAUCAAUUGAGGAAAAUACAAUCAAGAGGGAUAUUCUUCGAAUAGCUGUACAAGAUAAGGAUUUGCCUAAUACUGCUAAUUGGAGAGCUAAUUAUACCAUUUUAAAGGGCAAUGGAAAUAAAAAUUUUCAGAUUGUGACAGACCCCCAAACUAAUGAAGGCGUUUUAUCUGUUAUUAAGCCACUGAACUAUGAGGAAAAUCACAAGGUGAUACUGGAAAUUGGUGCAACCAAUGAAGCCCCAUUCUCUAGAGAUAUACGGAGCAUGAACACAGCUAUGGUAACUGUUAAUGUAAUAGAUCAGAAUGAAGGCCCGGAUUGCAGCCCAGCAGCGCAAACUGUUCACAUAAAGGAAAAUGUAUCUGUGGGUACGAGAGCCAAUGGGUAUAAAGCACAGGACACAGAAACCAGAAGCAGCAAUGAUAUAAGGUAUAAGAAAUUAAAUGACCCCAAAGGGUGGGUCACCAUUGAUGAAACUUCAGGGUCAAUAAUGAUUUCCAAAAAGCUGGACAGAGAGGCAGAGGCCAUUAAAAAUGGUGUAUACAGCAUUACAGUGCUUGCAACAGACAAAGAUGGUAAAACAUGUACUGGCACCCUUGGAAUUAUCCUUGAAGAUGUGAAUGACAAUGCUCCAGUCAUUCAUCAAGAGAAUAUAGUAAUUUGCAAACCAAAGAUGGAACAUGCGACAAUCAUUGCUGUUGAUCCUGAUGAUCCCAUGAAUGGACCUCCAUUUAAUUUCAAAUUAGGACUCAGUUCUCCUGAUAUCCAGAAAAUAUGGACAGUCACCAGAUUGAAUGAUACAUCUGCGCAUCUUUCAUAUCAGAAUAAUGCUCAAUUUGGAAAAUAUGCCGUGCCUAUCAUUGUGAGUGAUAGACAUGGAAUGUCUUCAACAAAGACUUUGCGAGUUAAUCUCUGUGAUUGUGUUCAUCCAGAACAAUGUGAAUCUGAGAAAUCAGCACAUCCAGACACAAGACUGGGCACAUGGGCCAUCCUUGCAAUAUUAUUGGGUGUAGCAUUACUAUUUUGUGUCUUAUUCACCUUAGUCUGUGGAAUUUGGAGUACUUCAAAAGUAAAAAAGCCUUUUCCUGAUGAUAUGGCUCAGCAAAAUCUAAUUAUAUCAAACACAGAAGCUCCUGGAGAUGACAGAGUGUGUUCCACAAAUGGAUUUGCUACACAGAUGAUAAAUGGUAAUGGCCAAGGUUUUUGUGGCACGUUGGGAUCAGGAAUUAAAAAUGGGGGACAGGAAUGUUUUGAAAUGAUAAAAGGAGGACAUCAGACCUUGGAAUCCUGUCGAGGAGGACAUCAGACCUUGGAAUCUUGUCGAGGAGGACAUCAUACCCUGGAUUCAUGCAGGAGUGGAGGACAUGUUGAAGUUGAUACCUGUAGAUAUGCAUACUCUGAGUGGCACAAUUAUACUCAACCACGUCUUGGUGAAAAGUUGCAACUCUGCAAUCAGAAUGAAGACAACACCAAUGCUCAAGACUACGUCCUUACAUAUAACUAUGAAGGGAGAGGCUCUGCAGCUGGUUCUGUAGGGUGUUGCAGUGAGCACCAUGAGGAAGAAGGGCUUGAAUUUUUAGAUCACCUGGAACCCAAAUUUGCUGCAUUGGCACAAACAUGCAUGAAGAGAUAAAUGUGUUCUAAUUUUUCUACACCUUUUUUCCAUAUAGUUUGGAGGACUCCAAAAAGAACAAAAAAUUAAAUUUGAUGACUCUGAUGAGGGUGAAUUUUUCUUCAUUUUGAAGGGAGUAUUUACUUACCCUCACACUUUUUUUUCUGAAAAUCUAUUUAUCUCUCCCAAGAAGCAAACACAUGGCAAAAUGAAAUCAAUUUUCAUUAUUUUGGGGGCAAAAAGACAAAUGAUUAUUUCUAAGGCUCCAUUAUAAGCUGAGUGAUAGUGCCUUGAUCAUAUAAAGGGAUGAGAGAAAGUGGGGGGAAAGGGGAGGGAGAGAGGAGAGGGAGAGAGAGAAAAGAGGGAGAGAGAGAAAAGAGGGAGAGAGAGGGAAAGAGGAGAGAAGAGGGAUGGAGGGAGGUAGAGAGGGAAAGACAUAUCCUCACUGUCUUAAAACAACGAUGAAAAAAGAAUAACUCUUCAUUAAACUCACUGAACAUAAUACUGACUCUUGAGGUAGAAGACCAAGACUCAAAUUCUCCGUUUGAUGCUUUACCAUUUGUGUAACCUUAUAUAAGUCUCAAUUUUUCUUUGCCUCAGUUUCCUCAUCUGUAAAACCAGGGGCCCAGCUCCUUAUCUAUAAUUUACAUUAAAUAUAUAGAACUACUUUAUUCUACUUUAUUCUCUCUGUGAGUUAGAAGCCCUUACUAGCUUCUCUUACUUGGUUGCCUUCCAUUCAUUGGCAGAAAUAAGAAGGACCUUUCAGUACUAAAACUGCAGGAUGAACAACAUGAUUUUCUCUUUGAAGAGGAGAGUAAACUGGCUUGCUUAUGAUUAGACAUUCUCUUUUCAGCAUGAAGCUUACUGCUAAUAAUGUGCAGUAUUACGACAUGCUUACCUGUCUUUUACUACUUAUGAACAAUGAUUUAGACAAUUAAGUUUUAAUAGUUUUCUACAACUCCCUUGAAAUUUGUACAGAGUGGUUAAUACAUUUUUUUAAAGUUGUGAUUAUAUAACUGAACUUAGUAAGCUACAGACAGUGAAGACUGAUUACAUACGGAAUGUUUUGUGUCAUAAUCAGAUCAGAAUAACAACAGUCAAUAUUUCAUGUUAUAAUCAUCAUUUCAUGGUAAUUGGUCAUAUUGGGUAAAGAAAGGAUAAUGAUUGCUUUUACAUGGCCAAACCAAGGUUUUGAUAGUUCCCAGAAUAGCUGAGCUAUGGACAAUUCUCUAAACAAAGUGUGGAGGUCUAGCUAAAUAUGCACCUCUGAGUUUAUGAAUUAUAAGGUAUAUAAAUUGACCUAAGGACACCAUCCUUCUUGGCCUAUAUAUCAUUUUUCCCUUCCAAACUGCUUCUCUUCUCCACUUCUCCAUCCUUUCCACCUAAUCUGGGGUUCCACAAGUGUUCGUUUAUCAUCUCCUGUUUCAAGAAUCAAUGUGAUUUUUAAAAAGUAACUGUCUCCUCACACUUCAUUAUUUCUUAGCAUUACCCUGUAAACACCAUCAAUUAGACAUUUCAUUAGAAUGGCAAGGAAAUAGCCAUUGAAAGAUUAAAUUGUCACACCUUAAGUUUGUUCUCAAAUGAUAUAAACUAAUGUGAUCAGAUUGUUUCCUUAGUGAUUAGCAAAGGGAAUAAGGUUUUGUUUUUGUUUUUGUUUUUAAAGUAGGUAGCAUAAGAAUCCAGAGAGAAUUUUUGAGCAUGGAGAAACUGGGAUAGGGAACCUGAGAUUUUGGAGCAGAAGGGAUUUUGGGAGGCAAGAGUAAAAACAGGUGAAGGGAAAACGGAGACAAUAGGAUGCCAAGGACUAUUUUUGCCUACUUAUAGAUUACAUAGAAUUUAUUCUCCACUCUUUUUCUUCCUCUUAGUAGCCAAGAAUUGCUGUUAUAUAACUUGGUAGCAUAGCAAAUAGAACGUCAGACCUGAAAUCCAGCAGAUUCCUUUUCCUGAGUUCAAGUGUGGCCUCAGACACUUACUAGCUGUGUGACCCUGCAUGAGUCAAUUAACCCUGUUUCCCCCAGUUUCCUCAUUUGUAAAAUGAGCUGGAGAAGGAAAUGGCAAACCACUCCAAUAUUUUUGCCAAGAAAACCCCAAAUGGGGUCAUGAAGAGUUGGACACAACUGAAGCAACCAAACAACCAAAACUUCUGUUAGCUCUCUUUUGUACUACUCAGCCCCCUUCUUUCCCCCUAUACAUAUAUGUUACUUUCCUCUGCUCUGGAACUUAAGUAAAUUCAAGGGAAAAAGUGUUUAUGUAAGAUUGGUGGGUAGUUUGAGUGAGUUUGGUGAAAGGAUGGUUCUAUAAUUAGCUAUAUGCAUCCCAAAGGUGUGGGUAUUUUAUAUAUACAGCUUAGUGGGAAUUUUGGUCAGAUAUAGCAUUUUGCAUUGAUUAUAUGUUUCCUACUUUGAAUUAAUUUGCUAUUGAAAUGUCCAUUUAAAAUUCACAUUUUUGAAAGUGUUAUAUCUUUUUAUAUUUUAAAAAAGUUAUACCCCUUUUGUUGGUUGGUAUUAUCUUUACACUGUAUGAUCCUAGACAAUUAAAAAAAAAUGUGUGCUACUUUAACCAGAGAGUAUGGAGAUUUAAAAAGAAAACUUAAAAACUUAAAAAAAAUUACACUGCUUUUUAUGCAAAUGUACAGGAUAAUUUUCUUGGUUUAUGGAAAUGUAUAUACUUAGAAUGUAAAUUGUAUGUCCAGUGCUCUUUUUUUUUUUUUUGGAGAAGUCCAUGUUAGAGAAGAACCUUUCAUUACUAAAAUUAAAGUUAUUCACUGUUACAUUAGUUACGACUUUAUAGGAUUGUAAAUGGAA